AUGAUGCGAACCACAAUCCCAAGAGUCUGCAUGAGCAGAAUCCGAACCCCAGCAUUCUGUCAAUCCUUCGUCACUUCACGACCAAUGUGGGGUGAAGGAGAUACAGGCGCCAUCCGGCCAGGCGGUGCUGCCACCAGUGACACAUUCAAUCGCCGCGAGCAAGCCUUGGAGAACAUGUACUUCAAGCAACACGAGAUUGAAAACCUCAAGAAAAUGAGAGAAAAGCUGGCCAUUCAGCGGAAACAGCUUGACGAGGUCGAAAGCCAUCUCAACGACUUGGAGCAAGCGGCUUCCCAGAGAGCAGCUGCUGAGACACAGCAAUCAAAGUGA